GUUUUGGUCACUAGCAAACAGGUGAGCCGCGGACGGAUAAACAAGAUGGCGGAAAAUUUAAGUAUUCCUUCGGAGUUUGAAAAGCCAAAACCUAAAGUCAUGAAUAUGAACUUACUGCCGCCCUCAGCAUUUGAACGUAAAACAAGUUCUGCUGAUCCAUGGAAGGAAAUAGCAAAAGCCACAGAGGAAAUGGCCAAACUCAAGAUUGAAAAUUCCAAACUGAAAGAGGCCCAAGUUAUCAAAGAGACUCCUGCCACUCCAACUCCGCAUGCCCAGCAGGAAACAGUUCAGCGUCCACCUCCAGACGUGUGUAAAUACCAGUCCAAGAUGAAGGAUGAUUAUAAAUAUGUGGAUGAGCUGAUCAACAAACAAGCCUGUGAAAUAGCCGAACUGAAGAAUGAACUGCGCAGCCUACGCUGCCAACAUAGAGAGGAGAUCCCUGACUUGGAGCGACAGAUGACUGUUAAGGACCGGGAGAGUGCCCACAGACUCGCCAGCCUAGAGGUGGAGCUAAAAUCAGCGGAGGACAGAUAUCAAUGUCAGGUUGAGAAACUGAGUCGAGAGCACGAGCGAGAGGAGGACGAACUACAGGGCAUUGUCUCGAGACUAAGGGAUGAGCUAGAAACAUCGAGCUUGAAGUCUCGAGACCGAGUCUCUGAGCUUGGGACUCGGUAUGAGCAGCUAAAGGAGAGCAGUGAGCAACAAAUAGGAGAGCUGACUGAGGAUCUCAAAUUUAAGCUGGGCCUGAUUGAAGAGCUGCAGGCCCAGCUGUUGAAGUUGAAGAAAUACAUCGGGGAUACAGAGAACUUGCCAAAACCAUCAGAAAUUGUCAGGAAAGAAAAGGAAUCAUUGGCCUCAAAAGUUAAGAGUUAUGAAGAGGAAGUAGAUCACCUAAAGUCCACGGCGAGCUUGCUCAACAUCCGCUUGAACUCCCUCAACGAGAUACUCAGGCUACAAGAGCAGGACAUAGCCAAGUGUCCUUCUGAAAUUGAGAAAUCAAAAAUGGAAGGCCUCUUAUUAACAAGAUGGAGAGAGAAGGUGUUUGCACUGAUGGUCCAGCAGAAAUCAGCGGACAUCUGCACCAAGAAAGACACCAGUAACUGGAUGGCAAAGGUACAAGGCUUGGAAGAGAAGUUGGCAUCAGCCCACAACCAGGUAGACCAGCUCACACACACACUGUCAGACAGGGAGGCCCAGCUGGGGAUGGAAAGGAAGAACUCACAGAGGCUAGAGACUGAAGUAUCAGAGGCCCAGCAGCUGGCGCUGUCCCUGGAUGAUAGGAUACAAGAGAAUGUUUGCAGUGCAGAGAGACUCAAGCAGUUUACAGCAAGUGUAGGGCAGAAGGUGCAAGAGAACCUUGAGGCCCUGACUGCUGCCCUGGCCUGUUUGAAGGGAUAUGGUCAGAGAAUCAGCUUUGCUAGCGGCCGAGUGGAGAUGCUGCAAGGCCUGUUUGCCAGACGGGAGGCCUUGCUUAAAAUGCAGGCAGAUGGAGCAAAUAUUCCGGAGAAAGACGUACCCAGUGUGCGUACAGGCGCCACCCCUGAAGACAGCAGUCAUGAGGUGGGGUUACUGCGGGAGGAACUAGGGCGGGUAACGAGGGAAAGGGACCGACUGGCGGCGCAGAUCAAACAGGACUCAACCACCUGGGACAGCAAGGUCGCCGCCAUCAGAUCAGAGGUUGCCGAGGAGCUCCAGACUGUAUCUCUAGCCAAUCAGGACCUGGAGUCACUGGUGAAAGAAAAAUCAGAGAAGCUAUCAGAGCUGGUUGAGGAGCUGGAGUGUUGCCAUGCCGACCUGGAGUUUGCCAACCAGAACAUAGAGGAACUGAAGGAAACACUGGCCAGACAGGAGACCCACUUACAGCAAGUGUUAGAGGCUCAGAGGGAGGAAGUGGAGAACCAGUCAGCAGACAGACUGGCAGACCUCGACAGACAGCUCAAUGACGCAAAACGCGAGCACACUAAAGCAGUGGUCUCCCUUCGUCAGUUGGAGCGUAACUCUGCCCGUGAGAAGUCACGCCUCACAGAACAGCUGACUACAACAGAGCAGCACUACACCCGACAGCUGGAAGGGCUACAGCAACAACUGAGGGCCGUUGAAGCAGAGAGGAACCUCAUGAUGGCUACUCUGAGGCAAGAGGGCUUGGUAGGGAGAUUGAAGAGUGAGAGGUCAGAACCAGUCUUACCGGACUGGGAGAUAAUUGAACCGGCCCACCUUCAUUUGGAGACCAGUCAGGAUGCUGACCAACCUGCAUUUGGUGACAGUGGACUGGUCCAAGAUCCUGCAGAGCCAGUAUUUGUGGAGAGAGCCACAGAUUUGAAUCCAACCAAUGAUGGUACUGACUCACCAGAAGGCUUGACCAGGGAGAACCUGUCCUCUGUGCUGGAGGAUCUCAAGUCACUCACUGACGCUGUUCUUGAUGACGAUGAUGAUGACACUGGGUCUGACAUUGAGAGCUGAGCAAUGCUUUCCUUUCUGUCUGUUGACUCUGACCAUGAUUCUGUGUAGCCUGACCAGUAGCGGGCUGGGGAUGUUGUGAUUUUGUGUGGCCUGACCUGUAGUGGGCGGGGGUAGUUGUAAAGGUACAAUAGUAGGGUGUCUGAUGCAUGACAUGUUGUGAUACAACUGGUUGUAUCGCUCACCACUGGACUUGUAAGUGAAACAUAGCAAGAAAUGUAAGGUCAUUUAAUUGUGUGUAUCCAAAUGAUUAAAAAAGGCUUAUGUAUCUAAUGUUACAUUUGUGCAUUUGCAUUUUUCCAUGUACGUGAAUGUGGGAAGUAAAAUUUGCACUCUGACAAAUAAAAAAAGGCAGGUAAACAUAGGGUGAUUUUACUGCCAUAUUCUUGCAAAUCUGUCUAUGUCCAGAACAGGCCAGUAGAUUGGAUGUUAGUAAUGAUUAAUUUUUAUUAUCACCUAUAGAUAGUGAUGACUAUAUCAGAUCCUAUAUUACAGCAGAAUCAAACAGAUAAUAAUUCAUGGUAAACACUAUAACUUUAUAUGAUAGCUAUUGAUGUUUAUUGGAUCAUCCGAUGGACACUUUAUAUGAUAGCUAUUGAUGUUUAUUGGAUCAUCCGAUGGACACUUUAAUAUGAUAGGAAUGUCAAUCAUAGUUAUUUGUUCCUGCAUUGUUAUCAUAUUUUCAAGAUUGUUUUUUUUUAAAUAUACGACCAUACCAUAUUAGGAUAAGUAGAAUAUUAGGUCUCCUUAUGUAUGUUGUUUUCAGUGUUUUACCACUAUUAUGGAUGUCUCUUUUAUACCUAAUGAUAAAAUAUGACAUUUCUGCAGUGAAAUAACAGCAGUGAAAAUAACAAAUUUUUGGAACAAUCUUUUCUUUUUUUAGAUUAUCAUAUCAAGAUUUACUUAAGAUUUUUUGAUUUUUUAUGAUUACCAGUGAAUUAAAAUCGGUAUUCCACCAAAUCCAACACAUUUCUUUUUAUUUAAUGCUUUUUUUCACCGUUUAUUUAAGAGGAUGAUGCAAACACUAGUGACUUCAUUUUGUGUAUUGCAAUGUAUUAAGGCACGCCACGGGAGAAAGGGUAAUUUUGUAGCGAAAGGGAAACAGCUGUUAAUUAUUUUCUUGAUAAAGGGGCAUAAAAGAAACAGAAAAUGCCCCACUCAUGAAAAUAUAUUUUCUAUGAUCACUAGUGAAAUAACAAACGAUCUUACACUGACAUGAACAAAUAUCCUCUAUAUAUUAUUCUCAUCACAUUAUGACAUAUGUAAGAUACCAUUUUUAGCAUUGAAUUGACACAAUUAUAUGAGCCUGUCUCUGGGCAAAUAGGGCUUAAUGCAUGUGCAAAAUUUCGUCCCUUAUCAGCCUGUGGCUAAUCUGGGACAGUAUUUAAUGCACAUACAUUAAGCCUGUAUUUUCCAGAGCAUCGAUCACAUUUAUUUAUGAAGGGGUUUUGCAUAGGUUGUAGAGGAUGCAGGGCUAAAAAUGGUACUUAUUCAGUUAAUUUUGUGGACUUUUUUAUUCAGAUGCCAUUUAAUUCGGAUUAAGUCUUAUGCAAGUAAUUAUUGUUGAUAACUUUUGAAACAUUGGUUGCUGGUUAUCCCUUCUGUGCGUGUUUACAAGUCAUACCUAGAUCCUGGAGUUUGAAAAGAAAAAAUGAAUACUGAUGUAUACAUGUAUGUAUUCUGUGUGAGGUAUGAUUUCUGCUGCUUUAAAAAAAGCUGUUAUAUUUUUGUAUCAUUAUAAUUUGUUAAUAUUAUGAUACAAUUAUUUUUGUAUGAUACUUAUGCUAUGUGCUUGCAAAUUUAUGCCAACUUGUCUAGAGAUAAAGCUAUAAAUUCA